AUGGAUCUUUUGUCGAGCUAUCGUUAUUUCCCAGCAACUAAAAUUGAAGAUAACGGUGCUACCUCCCACCAGGACCCCACUGUUUUGGCUCUCAUAUUUCAGGAUGAUACUGGGGGUCUCGAAGGACUCAAGGAUGGGGGAUGGAUACCUAUGGCUCCAAUUGAGGGUGCCUUGGUCUUUCACCUAUGCGACGUUCUUCAGGUGCUAACGAACGACAAAUUUGUCAGCCCCUUCCACCAAAUGGUGAGGCCCAAGGGAAAGAGCCGUUAUGUUUUAGUAUUUUUCUACAAUUUGAAUGAAGAAAAAUGGGUAGAACCAUUGACACAAUUUACUAAAGAACUCGGGGAGCUUCCAAAGUACAGGAGAUUCCAAUAUAAAGACUACUUUGGUAUGAGAGUAAAAGAGAAGUUAAAUCCUCCAGCCAAGCACGAAGACAAAACAACAUUGAUCACCUUUGCCUCUGCAACCUAG